AGGUAUGCGGAGGAGGGAGGGCCCUGGGAGUGAGCAGGAAGGAGAGGCCCCUGUCUGGAAGGGAGAGAAGAGCUCAGAGCCUCCCGUCUGACAGAGCUUGAGCAGCAGGGCUCCAGGUGGCAGGAGCUCCCCAUUCUCGGCACCAUGAACACCAGCACUGGCCCAGAAGCUUCUCCCAAACGGAGUGCCAAGUCUAUCUAUGAACAGAGGAAGCGUUACUCCACUGAGGUUAUGGCCGAUGUUUCCCAAUAUCCAGUCAAUCACCUGGUGACCUUCUGCCUGGGUGAGGAGGAUGGCGUGCACACGGUGGAGGACGCCUCGCGUAAGCUGGCCCUCAUGGACAGCCAAGGCCGCGUCUGGGCCCAGGACAUGCUGCUGCGCGUGUCUCCCAAACACGUUGCGCUGCUGGACCCAGUCUCCAAGGAGGAGCUGGAGUCGUACCCGCUGAGCGCCAUCGUGCGUUGCGACACGGUGAUACCGCCGGGCCAGAGCUGCUCACUGCUGCUGCUCGUGUGCCAGGAGCCCGAGCGCACGCAGCCCGACGUGCACUUCUUCCAGGGCCUGCGUCUGGAGGCGGAGUUGAUCCGAGAGGACAUCCAGGGGGCUCUGCACAACUACCGCUCGGGCCGCGGGGAGCGCAGGGCGGCGGCGCUCAGGGCCACGCGAAAGGAGCUGCAGUGCCACCCCUCUCCCGCCGCCGAGACCCCGCCCCCGCAGCACCGCCCGACGGUCCGCGCCGCGAUCAACACGGCGGAGCCAGCCGCGGGCCGCAGGCGACCCCAGGCGGACCCCAUCCCAGAGACUGAAGAGAUGCGGAGGCCGGGCCGGGCGGAGGUCUGCAGCAGCGCUGACCCGGCCUCUCGGGACCUGGGCCCCCGGGGCCCAGACCUGGCCAGUCUGCAGGCGGAGCGGGAAGUGGACAUCCUGAACCACGUGUUCGACGACGUGGAGACCUUCGUAUCAAGGCUGCAGAAGUCCGCCGAGGCCACCCGAGUGCUGGAGCACCGAGAGCGCAGCCGCAGGACCCGGCACCGGGAGGCGGGGGAGGGCCUCCUGACGCUGCGGGCCAAGCCGCCCUCAGAGGCUGAGUUCAUCGAUGUGCUUCAGAAAAUCAAGUACGCCUUCAGCUUGCUGGGCCGGCUGCGCGGCAACAUCGCCAACCCCUCCUCCCCAGAACUGCUGCACUUCCUGUUCGGACCUCUGCAAAUGAUUGUGGACACCUCGGGCGGCCCCCAGUUUGCGAGCUGCGUGCGGCGGCCGCAUCUGACUUCCGAGGCUGUGGCGCUGCUGUGGGACAACGUCACCCAACUUGAAAACACGCUCUGGACCUCGUUGGGGGACUCUUGGACCCGCCCGGGGAUGGAGCUACCCUCAGAGGAGGGACCCCCAUACAGACCUGAGUUCUACAGUGGCUGGGAGCCCCCAGCCACGGACCCACAGGGUCGCGCCUGGGAGGACCCAGUAGAGAAACAGCUACAGCACGAGCGGCGGCGCCAGCAGCAAAGCGCUCCUCAGGUCGCUGUCAAUGGUCACCAAGACCAGGAACCAGAAGCUGAGCCCCAGGGGCUGGAGCCGGCGGGAAAGUGGGUCCUAUGUAAUUAUGACUUCCAGGCGCGCAAUAGCAGCGAGCUGCCCGUCAAGCAGUGGGACAUACUGGAGGUCCUGGAUGACCAGCGCAAGUGGUGGAAGGUUCGGGACCAGAGGGGACAGGAGGGAUAUGUACCCUAUAAUAUCCUGACACCCCACCCGGGGCCGCGUGGGGGCCGCAGCCUGGAGAGUAGCACUCCCUUUCCCCCUCCACCACCAGUGUCGGCCCCGGCUCCGGCUCCCCCUCCACCACCAGCGCCGGCCGUGGCUCCGGCUCCCCCUCCCCCACCAGCCUCGGCCCCGGCUCCUCCCCCCCCUCCCCCUCCCCCACCAGCGCCGGCCCUGGCUGCGGCUCCCGGUCCCCGACCAGCGCGGACCCAGGCUCCGGCUCCGUCUCGGUCUCGGUCUCCCAGGGACAGCUGCGAGAGCCUCAACAACUUGGACUCCAGCAAGAAGGAGAAAUUCUCCCAGAUGCUCAGUAUCAACGAGGAGCUGCAGGCACGCCUGGCCCAGGGCCUCAUGGGCCCCAGCCGCGCAGCCCCGGGGCCCCGCACCCCGGAGCCGCAGCUCAGCCCGCGCUCCAACGCUUCGGAGGUCCGCGCCUGGCUGCAGGGCAAGGGCUUUAGUUCAGGGACCGUGGCCGCGCUAGGCGCACUGAGCGGCGCGCAGCUAUUCUCGCUGCAGAAAGAGAAGUUUCGGGCGCUGAGCCCCGAGGAGGGGGCGCGCGUGUACAGCCAGAUAACAGUGCAACGCUCGCUGCUGGAGGACAAAGAGCAAGUGUCAGAGCUGGAAGCGGUAAUGAAGAAGCAAAAAAAGAGGCUGGAAGACGAGGUGGAAACGGAAGUCAUUUGAUCCUUCCCCGCCCCUCUGCUAAGUUUCCAGGCAGCAGCCCCGCGGGAGAACGGACUCUGCAGACUGCCCCCACCAACGGAAGUAGAUCCCUCCAGGGAUCGCCGACCUGUUCCAGCCUUGGUCUUACCCCGUCCGGUUAGAUAAAUCGGCCCGCCCAUAA